ACUGAAACAACCUUUAAGGGGAAAAAAAACAAAACUCAUUUGAUCUGGGUUUAACCAGUGGAAAGAAAAAGUUUAAUCAACUCAUGGAUCACUGGAGACCAAACACACGCACUCCUUUCAGAUGGACUUUGUCCCCUCUUGGAUUUUAAGAUACAGCAUUUGCAGAGGGCCUGAAUCUAUGUCACUUCUCAGCUAUAUCGACUGCCAGCGCAGCAGCAAACAGAUCAAAAGCCAACACCCCCUACCCCCCCCAAAAUCUUGUAAGGGACUGAAAACCAAUACAAUCAUUGCCGGGGCUGUUUUACAAAAAAAAUGAACAUUGAGGAAUAUUUUUCGAGAAUUGGAUACAAAGGCUCAUAUGACAAACAAGAUCUGGAAACCUUAACUGCAGUCUUCCAGCACCACAUCCGAGCUGUCCCCUUUGAAAACCUAAGCAUUCACUGUGGGGAAACUAUUACUUUGGAGUUAGACCAAGUUUACAACAAAAUCGUGAUGAAGAGGCGUGGUGGAUGGUGCAUGGAAAACAAUCAGCUGCUAAACUGGGUUCUGAAAACGCUGGGGUAUGAUACUACCAUUUUGGGGGCGUAUGUAUACAAUCCUCACCAAAACACAUACGCUAUCCGAAUGACCCAUCUUCUCAUAAAGGUGGUUAUUGGUGGCAAAGCCUACAUUGUGGAUGCAGGUUUUGGCGUGUCUGGUCAAAUGUGGCAGCCGAUGGAACUUAUUUCUGGAAAAGACCAGCCACAGAUUCCUGGCAUCUUUCGCUUCACAGAAAACGAUGGGAUCUGGUACUAUGAGAAAAUAAGGAGGAAACAAUAUAUUCCCAAUCAACACUUCACUGAUUCUGAUCUUCUAGAAAAAAGAGAGUGCAGGAAACUUUACUUCUUCAGUCUUGAGCCACGAACAGUGGCAGAUUUCCAGUUCCAAUGUACGUAUCUUCAGACAUCCCCAGACUCUUUGUUUACGAAGAAGUCUAUUUGCUCUAUUCAGACCACAGAUGGGUUUCGGGCAUUAAUUGGAUGGAUGCUCACUGAGACAACAUACAAUUACAAGGAGGACAUGGAUGUUGUAGAAUUCACGACCCUUCAAGAGGAAGAGGUGGAGAAGACACUGGAGGAUAAAUUCAACAUAGCUCUGGAGAGAAAAUUAGUCCCAAUUAAUGACAAAGGACCAUACAAAAUUUAGUGUUUUGGAUGAAACGCUAUAAUGAUACGUUUACAGCCUUUUUCAUAAUCUAUUUAAUCAGCAUUAGAUAAAUUGCAGGAAAAUUAAUGCCAGGUGAAAGUGAGAACUUCAAUUCAAGGAAAACAGGCCCUUUAGUUUCUCAUGUCAAUUGAGAGAGGUACUUACUCAAGUACUGUGGGAGGAAAUGCGGUCCCAUGAGAGACUGUGAAGGGGUGGGGGGAAGGGGGAAGCAGCAUUUUUUAAUAGCUUAAGCAGAUAACUGGGAGUUAGAAAUAUUGAAUCUAACACGCUAUUGACAUUUAACCAUUGGGAAAAUCACAAUGGCCAAAACGCAGGCAAUGCCAUCCCACGUAGGACUUAAAUAAUAGCCUGAUUUUCACAGGUGCCAAGAUCUUUCUUCCAUUUCCCUACUUACAAAGUAGGACUAAUUACAAUACAUAUGAGGAGGAAUAAUUCAUUCAUGAUGGGGGAGCACUUGAACAUCAUCAGCCCAGAGGUACCACAAACAGCAAAAUAUUACAAAGUAAAUUCAUUUGUUAUUCCUGCUAUGAACUGCACACACUGAUUAUUUUAAUACAUCCAUAUGGCUCUCAUGCUAUAUAAUGGAUGAACUGUAAUACGGUGCCUAGUCAAGCAUCACAAUUUGUCCCCGCAUUUAGACUUCUAUUGGCGUCAUCCCAUGUAGACGAGGGUGUUGCACUUUAUUUACGUUACAAAGCUAAAGUCAUGGAGAGUAAGCUAGACACAAAAGCACUUUAACUGUGCUACACCGUUAUCCUUGUCAAAGCAUCAAAUCUGGUUUUAUUCUGUAUUACCCCACUGUCCAUCACAGACUGCCUAAGAACCACAUGGCCAGAAACCCCUUUUUUAAUAACAAAUAUAACUGGGAAUGUCAUCAAGGUGAUGCGUACUUGAAAGAAAACACAUGAAUCUAAGAGAGUCCCCUUUUAACCUUAAAGCUAAGUCAAUCAGCUAUUAGAUAAAAGCGCCAAAAAGCCCCACUAAAGCGCCUGAUCUAUACAGAUGUUGGGCAAGCCAGGUCCAACUAAUGCGAUGCCUCUUCUGGGCAUUCGCGGGGUUCGGCAUGGGGGGUGCAUGGAGUUUAAAGAGGAUUUUUUUUAACAUCUUCAAGCAGCCUUUGUGAUUUAAAAAACACAGCUCUCUACUUAAAAAAAAAAUAUUUCCCCUGUUGGUAUGUGAAACACAGACAAAGAUAGGGGGACCUGCCUGGAAAAAAGAAAGCAGCAAAGUGCGUGAUGGCAACAAAUUAAAAAAAAAAAAAAAGACAAAUCCGUUCUGCAGUUUCUUUGACCAAUCAUAGCCCUGGGUGUUGCUUUUAACCGCAAGUUAACUAUUACAACAAAAAGAUAUGUCUGAUUUGGGCAUACCUCACGACUGUUGCAAAGUACAGCUGAAGUUAAAUAAUAAUAGAGCUAUACUUAAAACACCUUGUAAAGGCUGAAUUCAGUUUUAUUAACACAAUCCAUAUUUUUCAGAUUAAGAUUUCACAAACGUCUGUCCUCAUUUCCCUCUUAUUAAACAAACAAUGUUUUUAUCAUAGACCCCUAUCUCCUCAAAUUAGCAAAUGUGUAUUAAGAGUUUCAAAUAAAACCAUUUGCCCUUUAA